AUGACGGCAGAUGCCUUUGCAAUGUCAUGCAUGUGCUUUUGCAGCGUUUACAAUUAUACAGCAGGCUUUAGUGUUUUGACUCAUGGCUCAGGCCAAGGACUCAAACCCUUAAUCGAGGCGUGUUACUCGGAGGUUAAAGCGGGUCCCUCUGAGUACCUCAUGAGGGUCGGGAUCGGGACCCCUGCAGAGCCAUAUUGGCUUAUUGCCGACACAGGGAGCGACCUAACUUGGACUCAAUGCCUCCCUUGUUCCAAUUGCUUUGAGCAAAACGUGCCGAUUUUCAACCCCAAAUCAUCUUCAACAUACCUCUCCCUUAACUGCUCCUCAACCCUCUGCCAAAACCUUGAGGAUAACCUCGACUGUGCUAGCAUUAGUGUUAAUCCGAGUUUCAGUCUCACUACAACUCCUAGUAGUGAUCCGAUAAAAACUAGCUCUAGAUCCACUUUUAGUACUGAUCCUGGCACUGGUGCCAAAAUCAACGGGCUUGGGUUCCGGUGCGUCUCCUCAAAUACUGGGCGCUUCGGCACAGAUGGCGAGGCUGGUCUAGUCGGGCUCGAAGGUGGUCCCUUGUCCCUAACCUCUCAAUUAGGGAACUCAAUUUCGAACAAAUUCUCGCAUUGCCUCGCCUCUAGGCAUGAUAUGAACUCCACAAGCGUGUUGUACUUUGGCGAUAAUGCGGAUUUCUUGGGCCUGAACGUUUCGAGCACACCGAUAAAGAAUUCCGAGCAGUUUCCGACCUUCUAUUUCUUGAAUCUAACAGACAUUAGUGUCGAUAAACAGAGACUAGGCAUUCCUCCAGGGACGUUUGAUCUAACCGAAACAGGAGAUGGUGGGUUCAUCAUAGAUUCAGGAAUCACGCUGACUCUCCUGCCUGCUGUUGCCGAUAAACUACUACUCGACAAGUUCAAUGAUAUUGUUGAUUUUCCGUCUAUCAGUAAUCCUCCGAGUCCGUUUGAGAAAUGCUACAAGGUGCCGGAUUCCAGUAAGAUCACCGGAUUACCAGAUAUUACAUUCCACUUUUCCGACAAUGCCGACUGGAAGACGGGACCAAGUAAUUUAUUCUAUCCCUUGCAUGAGGAUGUGAUUUGCUUGGUCAUUGUGACAACUGGUGAUGCUGGUCCUUUCAUUUUCGGAAAUUGGCAGCAGCAAAAUAUGGUGGAGUAUGAUCGGGAGAACAGAUUGUCCUUUGCACCUGCUCAGUGUAGCCAGUUACAGGGGCCAUGA